GGCAGGGUGUGGGGGGUGUGCCACCUUCCCCAGGUAGGACCUCCUUCUCCUCCUCCACCCAUUCCCCCCUCGGCUCCUCAUCCUCAGGGGACCCAGUUCCCCUCACAAGCUUGGGAGGUUCCGUCAAGGACAGGAAGACCCACUGAGGAUGAGAACAGUCACCUGCCUCUGAAAAGGGGAAUCCCUCCAACCUCAAACUCCAGUACCAGGUGGUUUCCUCCCUUUGCCGGGGGACUGGUGGAGACAGAGCCCAGAAGUAACAUGGCUUCUGACCUAGAAAGUAGCCUCACUUCCAUAGACUGGCUUCCCCAGCUGACCCUCCGAGCUACCAUUGAGAAGCUUGGGAGUGCCUCCCAGGCUGGAACUCCAGGGGGCAGCCGCAAGUGUUCCCCAGGCUCACCCACAGAUCCUAAUGCCACCCUGAGCAAAGAUGAGGCAGCAGUCCACCAGGAUGGCAAACCCCGAUACAGCUAUGCUACACUCAUCACCUAUGCCAUCAACUCCUCUCCAGCCAAGAAGAUGACCCUCAGUGAGAUUUACCGUUGGAUCUGUGAUAACUUCCCCUAUUACAAGAAUGCUGGCAUUGGUUGGAAGAAUUCCAUUCGGCACAACCUCUCUCUCAACAAGUGUUUCCGGAAGGUGCCUAGACCUCGGGAUGACCCUGGGAAGGGCUCUUAUUGGACAAUAGAUACCUGCCCUGACAUUUCCCGAAAGAGAAGACACCCUCCAGAUGAUGAUCUAUCCCAAGACUCACCAGAACAGGAAGCAAGCAAGAGCCCACGGGGAGGUGUUCCAGGGAGUGGAGAAGCCUCGCUGCCUCCUGAAGGGAAUCCUCAGAUGUCACUUCAGAGCCCCACAUCUAUGGCCAGCUAUAGCCAGGGAACAGGGUCUGUGGAUGGUGGAGCAGUGGCAUCAGGGGCUCCAAGCCGAGAAAGCUCUGAGGGUCCCCCUCCCCUCUAUAACACCAACCACGACUUCAAAUUCUCCUACUCAGAGAUCAACUUUCAGGAUCUAAGCUGGUCCUUCCGCAACCUCUAUAAAUCCAUGCUGGAGAAGUCCUCUUCUUCUUCGCAGCAUGGCUUUUCGUCUCUCCUGGGGGACAUGACACCUUCUAACAACUACUACAUGUAUCAGCAGCAACAGCCGCCGCCAACUCAACAGCAGCAGCAGCAGCCAUCGCAGCCACAGCCACCUCCUCAACAGUCACAGCCGCAGUCGCAGCAGGCACCAGCCCAGGGCCCCUCAACUGUGGGGGGUGCCCCUCCACUGCAUACCCCAAGCCCUGAUGGUUGUACCCCACCAGGGGCAAAGCAAACUGGGCCUGAAAGCUAUGGGCCUCCCCCUGUGAUGGCCAUGCAUCCUCCCACACUGCAGCACGGGGGCUACCAUCCUCAUCAGCACCAUCCCCAUCCCCACCCUGCCCAGCAGCAGCCACCACCACAACAGCAGGCACAAGGCCAGGCACCUAUCAACAGUACUGGCUUUGCCUUUCCUCCUGAUUGGUGCUCCAAUAUUGACUCCUUAAAGGAAAGCUUUAAGAUGGUGAAUCGGCUUAACUGGUCCAGCAUUGAGCAGUCCCAGUUCUCAGAACUCAUGGAGAGUCUACGACAGGCAGAGCAAAAGAACUGGACCCUUGACCAGCAUCACAUUGCCAAUCUGUGUGACUCCCUCAACCACUUCCUAACUCAGACUGGUCACAUGCCUCCUCAAGGGGGCUCCCACCGGCCACCAGCCCCUGCUCGGAUUACUGACUCCUGUGCCCUCACCAGUGGCAAACAGGAGACAGCCAUGAACCAAGUGAAUUCCUAUGGACAUCCACAAGGCCCCCACCUCUACCCUGGUCCAUCACCAAUGUACCCAAUCCCUACCCAGGACUCAGCAGGAUAUAAUCGCCCAGCACACCAUAUGGUCCCUCGGCCACCGGUCCCACCUCCUGGUGCCAGUGAGGAGAUCCCUGAUGACUUCGACUGGGACUUGAUCACUUAAUAGAGUGGACAUCAGCCCCGGGUCUGGUGGUUAAGUCUGGCCACGAAGAAAGAGCAACCCUAGCCCGUCCCUUCUCCUGCUUGUAUAUAGAUAUAUAUCCACUUUUUGUUCUUUCUGUCAGAGAAGCCACCGCAAGAUGCUGCCGAAGAUAAUUCCCUUUUUCCUUCCUCAUUUUUCUCUUGUCCUUCCUGUUUUUCCCCUAAUUUGUUUAUUGUUAUUCUAAUUAUGUUGUUUUUGUUAUUAUUAUUAUUAUUAUUAUUGGUUAUAUACUGUCCCCAAUCUCCUUUUCCUACACCAUGGACUGUGUCUACCCCUUGCUAAUUUAAAGUCAUCAGGUUGGAAGACAAGGCCAUGAUAGCUGUAGAGAAAGGUUUCAAUUUUUUGUUUACCUUUCUCUUCAAGAAACUCAAUGCGAAUCCCACCUUCUAGCUUUAAGUUGUUUGCUGUUCCUGUCUAUUUCAGCUCAGGACUGGAGAGUCCACACAGUCGAGUAGAAGGGGUCUAAAACACUGCUUGGCAGCCAUGAAUUUGCAGGUUUUACUCAAUGGUGCUAAUUCUGUCCUCUGAGCUCGUCUCUGACCCUUUGUCCCAUCAAUCCUUACUUCUUCUGACAAUCCUCAUUCCCCAUCAAGGAUAAGAUGGAUGCUGGUUCAGGAGAGCGACAAUAAAAUCUUAGUGGAA